GCAACUUGCAAUCAUGAUCGAAGAGUGAACUUGUGAGUUGUAAGUCGUAGCUAGCUGGGCAAAGUGGUGCUUGGAGAAUUGCGGGAAGAGGCCACGGAAGAAGCGAAGCUGCAAAGCUCCUGCGUGGCAGAUGGGGUCCAUCAAGAAGCUCCGGCUUCUGUGCCUACAUUCCUUUCGAACCAGCGCCCAUAUCUUUCAGAAGCAGAUGGAGCGGGCCAUGUGGACACAGCACUUUGAAGAGCAGUUGGACAUGGUGUUCUUGGAUGCCCCACACCAGGCAGCUGGCCCGUCUGAUGUUGCGGCCGUUUAUGACCCUCCAUACUUUGAGUGGGCGAAUCUAUCGGAUGACCGGAAGGAGUUCCGGGGCAUUGAUGACACCAUCGCUUACGUCACAGACUACCUAACAAUGCACGGGCCCUUUGACGGCCUCAUGGGCUUUUCCCAAGGAGCCAUUGUCUCCUCUAUUCUUGUCGCACUCCAACAAAAGGGCGCGGUUUUGCAAGGCGUUCCCCCGCUGAGGUGCUGCGUCUUCGUUGGAGGAGGCCGGUCACGUGCCGAGGCUUUCCGGGACCUCUACGAAACACCCAUCCGCUGCCCGUCGCUUCAUCUUAUCGGUGACAACGACUUCAUGAAGCUAUCCUCCCAAAAGCUCGCAUCCGCGUUUCAGAACCCGACGGUUGUACGGCAUCCUCAGGGCCACGUGGUCCCAAAACUAGAUGACGCGGCCCUGAAAGCAUGCCAGAUCUUCUUUGCGAGAAUCCAAGAAGCAGCACAGGAGCAUCGCGUCUCUGCGUUAUAGCUAGAAGUACCUCGAGCUCAACUCCGUCGGCUUUCCAAGCCGCUCCUAUCAGUCUGAGUCCCUUUGAGAAGCAGCGAGAAACCUGUCAUGCUGAGUUUUCAAAAAGCGGGGGGUCCGACCGUUCUUUUCUCAGAUUCAAUGUAACCGCGCGCUCUACAUGCCAGCAAUUGGUGUG